AUGGCCUACCCACGCACCUGUCGCUCGUUCCGUCGUACCGAACCCCCCUACCCUCUUACUGUUGUACCGUCCACCGAAACACUUCCAGAGACACUCGGCCCUCGCGACGUCGUCAUCCGCAUCCAUGCGGUAUCGCUCAACUUCCGCGACGUAGCCAUGCUGCACGAAGGCCGCUACCCCGCGCCGGCCGAGCCCCGAGGCAUAUCUGCGUCAGACUGCGCGGCCGAGGUCGUGGCUGUGGGGCAUGAGGUGAACCAAUUCAAGAUUGGGGAUCAUGUGGCCCCAGUCUUCAACAUGACCAACCUAGACGGCACGGAGAGGGAUAGUGAUGCCGUGGCCCUUGGUGGUGACGGCCCUGGAGUGCUCAGGGAAUUCGCGGUAUUCGAAGACAAGUUCCUCGUGAAGCUGCCCCAGCAUUUGUCUUGGGAAGAGGCAUCAACGCUCGCGUGUGCGGGACUGACAGCUUGGACGUCGCUCGAUUCGCUCAAAGGCUCCAACGAAGACACUGCCGUACUGUUACAAGGCACUGGCGGCGUCAGCAUGUUUGCGCUGCUGCUAUGUCUUGCGGCCGGUAUCAAGCCAAUCAUCACUUCGUCUUCGGAUGCCAAGCUUGAAAGGGUGAAACAGCUUGGUCGUGAUGUCCAAGGAAUCAAUUACAAGAAGCACCCAGACGUUACAGCGGAAGCACUGCGGAUCACCGGCGGCAAAGGGGUAGACUACGUUGUUAAUAACACUGGGCCAGCUUCCAUUCCCUCAGAUUUGCAGGCCUUGCGUAAGAAGCACGGGACCAUUUCGUUGGUAGGAUUUCUAGAAGGCUUCGAGGCCGACUGGAAUCCCAGUGUGCUCCUUACUCUUCUAACGAAGGCCGCCAAGAUUCAGGGUAUCCAAGUCGGGUCGAAGAAGGAGUUUGAGGAAUUGAACAGGUUUCUGGACGAGAAGAAGGUCCGGCUUGACUCGAUAGUCGAUAAAACAUUCGCCUUCGAGGAUUCUGCUGCAGCGUUCGACUAUCUUUACUCAGGAUCACACAUAGGGAAGGUCGUGAUUAAGAUCUAG